AUGUUGGGUAAAAUUUCAAAUGUAGUUCUUGUUCUUGUUUAUUACUCUAUUCUAACAUCAUCAUAUUCUAAUGGUUAUCCUCUUUCAACACAAAAUAGAUGGAUCAUUGAUGAAUCCACAAAGCAACGGUCCAAACUAGUUUGUGGAAAUUGGGCAGGGCACCUUGAACCAAUGUUACCAGAAGGACUUAACAAGAAGCCAUUAAAGGAUCUUGUUUCUCAAUUGGUUAAUCAAAGAUUCAAUUGUGUUCGCCUCACCUAUGCAAUUUACAUGUGGACACGUUACGAGAAUAAUGUUGUUGAAGACACGUUGAGAGAUUUAAGAAUACAUAAAGAGGUUGUUAAAGGGAUUUCAAAAUCAAAUCCUUCUUUGUUGAAGAUGACUCACAUACAAGUCUUUGAUACAUUGGUUAAGGAACUUGGAGAUCAAAAUGUGAUGGUGUUGCUUGAUAAUCAUGUUAGCAAGGCAAAAUGGUGUUGCAAUGAUGAUGAUGGAAAUGGGUUCUUUUAUGAUAAAUAUUUUGAUCCUUUGGAAUGGAUGCAAGGCCUUAGUUUAGUAGGCAAACACUAUGCUGGAAAUUCUGUUGUGGUGGCAAUGAGCUUGAGGAAUGAAUUGCAUGGUCCAAGGCAAAAUAAGGGAGAUUGGUACCAUUACAUGAGUGAAGGAGCAAAAACAAUUCACAAGGCAAAUCCACAGGUACUGGUGGUUGUGUCAGGUUUGAAUUAUGAUACAGAGUUUCAUUUUCUAAAGAGAAAACCUCUUAAGUUAAACAUAGGGAAAAAAUUGGUGUAUGAGACACAUUUGUAUUCUUGGUCUGGGGUUGGAAUACUCAACUUGAAAGAAACUUGGACUAUGCAACCAUUAAACAAGAUUUGUGCUAAUAGUCUUGAAGCAUUGGAUAAUCAAGUAGGGUUUCUAAGAAGUGGUAGUGAUGCAGCUCCUAUAAUCUUUAGUGAGUUUGGAUUUGAUGAAAGUGGUUCUAAUGAAGAAGACAAUAAUUUCUUGACUUGCCUUCAAACCUACCUAGUUGGGAAUGACUUGGAUUGGGGCUUGUGGGCAUUUCAAGGUAGCUAUUACCUAAGAGAUGAUAAAGCUCAAGUUGAUGAGAAUUUUGGGUUAAUGGAUUCCUCUUGGACUCAUCUUAGAUACCCAAAUUUCAAUGAGAAGUUCCAACUUUUGAUAAGGAAGAUUCAAGGUAAACUUUUUUGA